CCUGGCUUGAACCGCUCGACGUGAGUGUGGUGAGAGUUGCGGAAACUAACCUGGCAUAAACAAGAACCCAUGUGGCCUGCCUGUAUGUGCACGUGGAAAGCAGGGGCUUCUAGGGCUGGACAGGUGGAAAGUAUGGCAAGUGCCUGAGAAUGACAGAACAAAUCUUUUAAAGAAUAAAUCGGCAUAAUCUCUGUAGCAGUCUGGCAUGACUGAUUGUGUCAAGUAGAACUGUGAUGUCUAUAGAGUGAAGAAUCAAAAUUCUUGCAUUGUGAAAGAUUACAAGCUUGACAACGCUAAGUCAGACAGUAGAUUUAGUCGAACAGUAGCCAACGAGAGUUCAUAGUGUGCCAAUAUUAUAAAGCCAGAACUAGUAAUUUACCAUCGCCAGCCUUUGUUGCUUGCGCGGUGAUGCCCAGCGAAAUGAGAAUUGCUUUGUUGAAGACUCCUGCGUUAUUCGUUCAUUUACACUUUAAUGUUUGAAGUGCUGUGUAGUGUGUACUUGUGCCAAUAAGAGAUUUUUAGCCUACGCACGAUGAAUAAAACUUUCAACGAUCUGAAGUUAAACUCGUGGUUGGUGAGACAGUGUGAAUCUUUAGGUGUAAAGCAUGCAACACCUAUCCAGGCGGCAUGCAUACCACGCAUUCUCAAUGGAGAAGAUUGCAUUGGCUGUGCAAAAACUGGCAGUGGAAAAACGUUAGCGUUUGCUUUACCAAUUUUACAAAAACUUUGUGAAGAUCCAUAUGGAAUAUUUGCCCUUGUUCUUACUCCAACUAGAGAAUUAGCAUUUCAGAUAGCUGAUCAGUUUGCAGUGUUGGGCAAAGUUAUUAACUUACGACAUAGUGUUAUUGUAGGAGGAAUGGACAUGGUAGUUCAAGGAAGAGAAUUAUCAUGUCUGCCGCACAUUGUAGUUGCCACACCAGGAAGAUUAGCAGAUCAUUUGAAAAGUUGCAACACAUUUACCUUGAAAAAGAUAAAAUUCCUAGUUUUAGAUGAGGCUGACAGACUACUUGAUGGAAAAUUUGAUAUUCAGAUGAAGACCAUAUUUUCUAUGUUGCCAAAAGAAAAACAGAUGCUGAUGUUCAGUGCUACGAUGAAUGAUACUCUUCAGAAAGUGCAAAUAGCCACUGUUGAUCAGUUGGAACAAUUUUAUGUGUUGUGUCCUGUAGAUAUAAGGGAUGGCUACUUGGUAGAGGCUGUUCGACAGUUUCUCAUAAAAAAUCCAAAUGCAUCUAUUCUUAUUUUCACAGAUACUUGCAAGAGUUGUCAGUUGAUGUCAAUGACUCUUAAUGAGAUUGGCCUUGAUAAUGUUGCUUUGCAUUCUAUGGCAUCUCAGAGAGAAAGACUUGCUGCCUUAGCAAAAUUCAAAUCAAACCAAAAUAAAAUUCUGGUUGCUACUGAUGUUGCCAGUCGAGGUUUAGAUAUUCCAGCAGUUGGUUUAGUAGUGAACCACAUUAUUCCAAAUGACCCCAAGGACUAUGUGCAUCGUGUUGGCAGAACUGCUCGUGCAGGCAGAGUUGGUUCAGCUCUUUCUCUUGUCACCCCUGCAGACAUCAAUGUGUUGCAUGCCAUUGAAUCAUUCAUUGGCACUAAACUUGAGGAAUUUCCUGUGGAUGGUAAGGAGGUUGCCAGAAUUUUCACACAAGUUUCUGUUACCAAACGAGAAGCAGAGAUUAGAUUGGAUGAGACAGAUUUUUAUGAACGGAAAGAAACAAAUAAACGGAAGAAUCUUAUAAUGGAAGGCAAGGACCCUGAUGAAGAGGCAGCAAAAAUUCAAGCGCGGCGCUUGAAAUGGCGGAAGGAACAACAGAAAAAGAGGCGUGAAAAAGCAAAAAUGAAGCUGUCAAAUAGUAAUACAGAUGUGUCUUUUAAGGUGAAGAAUAAGAAGAAAUCAAAAGGUUCUUUGUGAUGCAAUGAUUCACCCGCAACUCAUCAUGAACCUGAAAUAUACUUCAUUGUUAAACUCUGCACUCAUUGGAUUUAAUUCAUCCAAGGAACUUCUCUGCAGUUUUAACAUUAACAUUAACAUUUAUUUUUUGAGAACAGAAACUUCAAACUGUUUUAAGUGUUAAAAAGUGCAUUUAGUCACCACUUUCAGAUACCAAUCAUUUUUUUGUAUUGAAUUUUUAACAUGAUAGUUAAAAUUAUUAAAAAUAUGUGGAAACUAGGAAGGAGUUAAAAACGUUAUGAAUUUUCAUGUAUGAAUUUUUCAUACCUGAAAUGUACAUUGUUAUCAAUAAAGCUCAGUUUUUAAUGACCUAAAUAUCAGCAAAAUAUGCUAGCAUUUAUGAUCUAUAAUGUUGCAUCAAAAACUUCGUUGAUAUAUGUAUAUACAUAUAUAUACCUUGAUACCGAGAAACCAAU